AUGGGAUGUGUGUCAUCUAAAAAGAAAUUAUCUAAAGCUGAUCUACAAUUUUUACAAGAAAAUACUGAAUUUUCAAAAGAACAAAUUGUUGAUUGGUAUGAAGGAUUUAUACUUGAUUGUCCAACAGGAGAAUUAACAAAGAAGAAAUUUAUUCAAGUUUAUAGACAAUUUUUUCCAAAUGGAAAAGCGGAAGCAUUUUGUGAACACAUAUUUCGAACGUUUGAUGCUGACAAUAGUGGAAAAAUUGAUUUCAAGUAUGUUAACUAGAUAAAUUAGCAUAAUUUUGCCAUUGUAGAAUAGAUAAAAAUCUCAAUUUACCGUUAAACUAGACAUAGUUUGAACAGAAAAAUCUGAGAUAAACUAGAUAAACUCUCUGCCAUGAAAAAUUAGAUGUAUACUUUCGUGCAAAGAUAUUUUACUGAUUUUUUACGCUUUUUUGAUCAUAUACGGAUUCGAUUCACAAAUUAUCUUAGUUCUUAUUCAUUGUUGUUAAAAAUAAAGAUUUAACAUAACUUUUAAAAUUUGCAUGUGAAUCUAUAUAGAGAUAUAUCUUUGAUUUUGAUUUUAAUUUUAGCCUGUCUGAAAAAAUUCUCUUUCUUAGAUUUACAUAUUAUCUUACAACUACUAAUUCUUCAUGACAAAGCAACAUGCUACGAUCUUCUUUUCUUUUUUCGACAGAGUACACCGUGAGAAACAAAUCAAAGAACAAAAUAAUUCUUGCAAACUUAAAUAUAAGUGUUUAUACGAAAUAAUGAUCACUAUCAUGCGUGGGGGGGGGGGGGGGGGGGGGGGGGGGGGGGGGGGGGGGGGGGGGGGGGGGGGGGGGGGGGGGGGGGGGGGGGGGGGGGGGGGGGGGGGGGGGGGGGGGGGGGGG